AAGAGCCAAGUUUCCAAAACUUCUCGGCCUCCUAUUCGAUUCAUAACCAAAAUGUUUUCCAAACAACAGCGAUACGAAGGAAUCAAGAGGAAUUAUUGCCAAGCAGAUGUGGAGAGGUUGAGAGGCUCGCUAAAAAUCGAGCACACGCUAGCGAGGCGAGGCUCGAUAAAACUUUGGAACUACUUGACUCGUGGAGGAAACUCUUACAUCAACGCUUUGGGAGCGCUUACCGGUAAGACUGAUUGCGAUAAAUGAAUUCUGAUGCAGUAUCAGCAGUAAAUCUUAUUUUGACACAGGGUCCGAGUUUUCCACGUGAAAGACACUCUUUUCCCUAAUAUGGUGAAAGCUACUACAAGGCGCGCGAUUCGGUUGGGUUUUCCCGCGAAUCUCCAUAGCGUGCUCGAAAUUGACAAUUUAAAUGCCUUUGUUAAUUUCUGAUAUAUUUUUCGAAUUCAGCGGAUAAAAUUUGAGAAGAAAGGUAUUUUAAGUCUUAAAAGGCCACGUCAACCAAGCAAAAAUCGAAUGACGUGGAAAACUUCACGGUCAUUGAUUGAACUUUGGACCUAGAGGGCGAAAAGCCGCUUGAGACACAAAAUAUAACAUUUCAAUUUUCCACUUUAUUUCUUCAACGCAAUAUCUCUUAUUUUAAAACUGAAACCGCAAUCCAAAGGUCACCUUUACUAACGCUUUCGGCUCAAAAUUUUUAAUUUAAUUUUGUCAUGACACAGCAGAAACGCGCCUAUGAUAUAAGUGUGACUUGACUUGUUUCUCGCGUGUACGUUUCACUAAGUACAUUUUUUUCUAAAAUGUGGUAGUCUACAUAGAUUAGAUUUUUUUGGGUAAUGUAUAAUCUUCGGACUUGUUUGAAACAGGAGAUAGAAAAAUUAAUAAAUAAAUGCAAAAAAUAAUAAAUGGGAAGAUGAUCCAUUUGUUUUAUUGACAUUUUUCCCCUACUUAAUUUAUGAUUAAACAAAACUGUGAUUUCAGGCGGCCAGGCAGUGCAGAUGGCUAAAGCAGGUUUAAAAGCUAUUUACCUUAGUGGCUGGCAAGUUGCUGGUGAUAACAAUUUAGCUGCACAGACCUAUCCAGACCAGAGCUUGUACCCUUCUAAUUCAGCACCAAAACUGGUGGAACGCAUCAACAAUGCAUUCAUUAGGGCUGACCAGAUUGCGCAUAUGGAAGGAUCAGAGAGGCACAUUGAUUACUUUCUCCCUAUUGUUGCUGAUUGUGAAGCUGGAUUUGGGGGACCACUGAAUGCAUUUGAAUUAACAAAGUCUAUGGUAAUGAGGAUUUCUUCACCACUUACAGUCAAACCAAGUCAAGCGUACCCCCCAAGAUUCGAUCAGUGAAUUGAUUAUUUGAAAAAUGAAUCCGUUAGUCGUUCCCUUAACUCGUGUCAAAUUCAAAGCGGCAUUUCUGCAUGCGUAAUGAGUGAUGAAUAUUUUACGAGAACUUCUCUGUAUUUGGUCAGAUUGAAAAUCUUUGAAUGGAUUAAGCCUCUUAGAAGACAUUUACAUCAAUUUCAGGAAAAUGGAGCUGGUAGAAAUUUCAUAACUGCGUCGCGUGUGAAUUCACGGCUCAUUACACAUACAAGAAUGCAGAGAUCAAUCUGAAAUCUACACCUAGCAACGGAUUCAACUUUUGAAUAAUAAAUUCAUUAAUGGAUUCUUGGGGGGUACGCUUGACCUGGUUUGACUGUAAAUAUUCAUGUCACACUGAAAAUAUGUGCCAAAAGAUCUUGCCAAUAAUAAAUUAUGAUUGUUGGUGAAAAAAUACAUGAGGCCCUGGCUUUGUUCAAACGUUGGAUAGUGCUACCCACUGGAUAAGUAACCAUCCAGCAGAUAAGUAUUGGGAAAACCAAUAAUCCACUAAAUUGAGAUUUAUCUAGUUAAUAAUGUUAGUCCACAUCUUGAACAACUGGGCUGGCAUGAUGAGGUCCUCAUGGUGAAUCAUUAGAGUCAGCAUUAUUAAUGUAGCUGGGCAGUAAAAACGUUCAUCGUUUAGUGUGAAAUGAAGAUCUUUUUCGGGUCAUCUAGUCAUUAGGGUAGAUCCUGAAUAAUGAGCACUUAUUAUUAUUAAAUAAUGGAUUACAUCUUGGAUGUUUUAAUCUAAUGUAAACCAAAGACUUGCAAAGAUAAUAAAAAGCUACAAAGUAUGAUAAAAAAUAAUAUCAACUGCAACUUUAGAAACUUUGAAAGGAAAAUGAUCUUUCACAAUGCAUCACAGAUUCAUCAAUAACACAGAGAAUGCAACUUUAGUGUUGUGUUGCUUUUCAAAUAGUAGACUUACUAUUUUAUUUUUUCACUGAGAAAUCAAUAGCAUAGGUAAAAGUUCCAAUUUAUACUGUAGCAAAAAAAAGGUGACACGUUUUCAAGUGAAGGUUACUGUUUUAGAGUGGUUAUCAUUAUUUAAUUGAUAAUAAUAUAAAAUAUCAUUUAAGGUUUGAUUUUACUUGUUAAGGGAUUCACAAAAAUGUCUCAUGAAGUUUAUCUUGUCAACAGAUUGCGGCAGGAGCUUCAGCAGUGCACUUUGAAGACCAACUGGCAUCAGAAAAGAAGUGUGGUCACAUGGGUGGAAAGGUUCUGGUUCCCACUCAACAGUUCAUUAAGGUCUUAAAUGCUGCAAGACUUGCUGGCGAUGUUUUGGACAUUCCAAUCGUUAUUGUAGGACGCACAGAUGCCAACUCUGCUGCACUUGUGACAUCAGAUGUAGACCCUUAUGACAGACCAUUCCUGACAGGGGAGAGAACUCCUGAAGGGUUCUUCCGUGCCAAGACAGGGCUAGACCAAGCCAUAGCUCGUGGUCUUGCCUAUGCACCUUACUGUGAUUUGCUGUGGUGUGAAACAAGCAAGCCAAACUUAGAGGAAGCUCGAAGAUUUGCAGAGGCGAUUCAUGCUCGCUACCCUGGUAAAUUAUUGGCCUACAACUGUUCUCCCUCAUUCAACUGGAAAGCUAAUCUAAGCGAUGCUGAGGUUGCUCUGUUUCAAAGAGAACUAGGCAAAAUGGGUUAUAAAUUCCAGUUUGUCACUCUAGCCGGCUUUCACUCACUAAACCAUGCCAUGUUCAAGCUUGCACGAGAUUACAGGGACAAUGGCAUGUCUGCCUACACGAAGAUCCAAGAAGAUGAGUUUGCGCAAGCCAAAAAUGGUUUCACUGCUCACAAACAUCAGAGAGAGGUGGGCACAGGCUAUUUUGACCGCGUUUCCUUGGCAAUCAGUGGUGGAACAAGCUCGACUACAGCACUGAAGGGGUCCACAGAAGAAGAGCAGUUUACACAAAAAACAUCGUACGCAAUUUCCAAACUGUAA